AAAGAGAUUGCAAACUUUUAUUUAGAAAAAAAAAGGUGUUUAUUUUUAAGUCACGGUACCGUUUCUCAUUUUAGGAGCGUCGUUUUUUCCAAAAAGUGAAACUUUGUCGGUCAAGACGUUGGGAUCACUUGUUUACAUCCUCCAGGAGUACGCGGCGGGGGCGGGGUCGACUCCGCCCUCAUUCUUUAGGCUUGACGUCAUUGUCACAGUGUUUUUUAUGAAUGAAAGAAUCCAACCUCAGAGAACAGCAGAGUAAUUCCGGGAACAGGCGGACUGACAUUUUGUCGCCAGAGUCGCGUCGACUCAGCAGUGUCGGUGUUUGUUUUGGCUGCUGCUCGGAGGAAAAUACGGAGAGUUUGAUCAUGACGACGGAGAGGAACAGCAAAGCCCUGAAGGUGAAGCAGGAAUGUGGCGAGAACGUUCCCUUCCUGUCGGACAGCGAGCUCAUGUCCCUGUCGGUGCGGGAGCUCAACCUCCACCUGCGGGGGCUGUCCCGCGAGGAGAUCCAGAAGCUGAAGCAGCGCCGCCGCACCCUCAAGAACCGAGGCUACGCCGCCAGCUGCCGGGUCAAGCGGGUCUCCCAGCGCGAGGCCCUGGAGCAGCAGAAGAUGGAGCUCCAGCGUGAAGUGGAGCGGCUGGGCGCCGAGAACGCCGGCAUGAGGAAAGAGCUGGAGGGCCUGGGCGCGCGGCUGGCCGCCCUGCAGAGGUUCGCCAGGGGCCUGGAGGCGGGCGGGGGCAGCCUGCUGGCGACGGCCCCGCGCCUCAACACCGCCUCCGUCAUCACCAUCGUCAAGAGCCCGUCGCAGCCGCAGAGAGAGCAGGAGCCGUCCUAGGAGGAGGCGCCGCCGCCGCUGGAGGGGGGGGGGUGUCAGGAGGAGUCUGCAAUGCAACCACACAUGCACCUGUAACCACACAGACACACAGCAGGACCGUACCCCACAAAAACACAACACGGUUGUCGACUUUUUCACAUUAUGCAACGCAAAAACAGUUCCUAGAGAUCUCACACGCCUGUGAUGCUGAUCUGACUGGGGGGGUCAGGGGGGGUCACAGCGACGCUCGCAGCUUAAUGUGAAGCAGGCGACUGCAGACGCGCACAGACCUCAACGAUGGAAGCGUGGGGGGGACCCAGGUCACAUGACUGGACUGUGGCUGAAGCUCCACCCACCCCAAACAGACCCCCCCCCCCCCCACCCACCCACCAACACGUCUGCAGCCUCGGCUCACACACGCCGUGCAGGUGAGGGGAAGCUGGCUCACCUGCUGCUGCUGCGACAGGACACUUUCAAAAUAAAAGUCCAUGGAUCCUGCAGCAGUGAUGAAAGUCUUCCGGGAAUUCCCGGAAAUCCGGGUUU